GCUCGCCGCGCACAGUGUCAGUUGGUCCGUCGUAUUGGCCUGAACUAGCUGCGUCUACGUGACACGGCUCCUCUAUAUAACGUACACAAAUAUCCGUAUACAAUAACAUUCUUGUACGCACUUUGCUCGACACGCGCUCCGGAUCGCCAGCUCGAAUCGCAGCUACCUUUUUGCAAUCGCACGGCCUACGGAGGUAAUAAAGCUCCUGCUCCCGUGCGAUUUUUUCGCUUUCGCUUCUCUUUGCUGCCGCUCGUCGAUCCUAGUUGCAUUUGUAAACAGCGCUCAUUUCUUUGGCAUCCUUUUUUCUUUGGUCGUUGGACGAAAAUUUACAGGCAAGCCAAAGUUCCCGGGCCCGGCCUAGCGAGAAGAAAAAUGGGCGGCUUGACGAGCAUAUUUUACGGAUCCUCGAACGAAAAUGUAAUCGACCCAGCGACUGGCCUGACGGGCCGGCAGAAGAAACUCGUCCAAAGCACAUGGUCGGUCGUGAGAAAGGAGCCGAUAGCCAAUGGAGUUGCCAUCAUGAUUACCUUCUUCAAAAAGCAUCCGGAGUAUCAGAAAUUAUUCGGAGCUUUCAAGGACCUGCCGGUGGACGAGCUUGCGGCAAACAAAAAGUUCCAGGCUCACUGUCUGAGCAUAAUAACGGCGCUGAACAACGUCGUCGACUCGAUGGGCGAUCCGGCGUUGCUCGAAGCCAAUCUACUGGCGAUAGGCGAGAGGCAUCACAGGCGUGGAAACACCAGAGAACAAUUUCUGCACUUGAAGGAAGUCAUUCUAGAGGUCUUGCGGCAGAAAUUUGGAACAAAGUUCACACCCGAGACUGCGGAGGCGUGGAACAAGACACUGGACGCCGUUUAUAGUAUCAUAUUUCAAGCGUUUACCACGUAAUGAAUUACACCCCACUUGAAUGCGAGAGAAAUAAAAUAUUAUGAGAUUAAGAUGACCGAAUUUUUAAUCAUAUUUUUCUAAAUCGACUCCGUGAUCGAGUAAAUAUUUUAGUUUUUACUUCCACAAAGAACAUUCACUCGGUCCUCUGAAGCUGCAGCUACUAUUGCUAAUUACCUAUAAUUUUAUUCUUGUCCAGAGAGAGGGCUUAAAAUCGAUAUAGAAUAAUUAAAGUGAAAGGAUAUUACAAAAAAGCUCAAUAUACAAAGUAUCUAAAUGAAUUUACGAAAAAGUGUUCACUGUAUCCAUUAAAAUAAUGGCCUAUAUAGCUGCAAGCAUUAAAAAAUUAUGCAAUGAUCGAUAUAACAAAGAUACAUAAUAAACGCUUCGAAUAAUUUCAAUCGACAUUUUUCGUCAACCGAGUGAGUGGAUAGUCAAGUAUGCGAGUAAAAAAAAAUAUAAAUAUAUAUGUGUGUAUGUACAUGUACAUGGAAUACGAAGCACAUCUAUUGUUUUAAAUACCAGGUGACAAUUUUCACGCUGAUGAGAAAAAAAGAAGUGCGCCCAUUCGUCUCGAUCGAUAAAAUCACGACGUGGAAGAGUGGAGUGGAACGAGAAAAAAAUGUCUCUUUUCGUCGUUAUAGAUGUGUAUGCGCUCUUUUUACGUUUUUUUCAGCUUGAUGAAAGAGAAAGAGAGAGACAGAGAGCGGGGGGAAACCGUGUCUCUGAAUUCAACAGAUGCGUUUUUUGCCAAAGAAGAAAAAUGAAACAAACGAAAAAAGGAAAAAAACGCUUUUAACUGUACAGGCGAAUAGGUUUGAAUGAGCUUUUCAAUUGAAAAAUAUGUAAUUAAAUCCGUCGUGCUCUUUUGAAAAAAAAAAAAAAAAAACGCCCAACAUGAUAACUGUGUUGUAAAAUAGGAGUAUCCACAUAUUGUACACAUUUACGGAUAUAAAAUGUCUCGUUCGCACUAAUAUUGCCGAAUUCAAGCUUUUAAUUUCCUACAGUACUGCAAAUAUAUAAUUGUAAAGUUAAUGUGCAAAAUCACAUGGAAAUGUCGCGUAAGCAUUUUUUGUACCUUAUUGUAAUAAGAAACAAUGUAAUUUUAUGAAGAAUAAAAUUAAAGUAUAGUAAAAUACGACAA